AUGGCUCUGCUGGCGCGAAUCCUGAAAACCCGUGUGAGCCCGGCGUCCGGGCGGGGCGGGUUCCUGGGCGCCGGGGUCCGGCGGCCGGCCCGGCCCGAGGGCGCCCGGCUGCCGACGGGGGCGCGGGCCGAAGACAAAGGAGCCGGGCGGCGGGGAGCGCCGCGGGCCGGGGGCCAGGCCGAGGGACCCCGCAGCCUCGCCGCCAUGCCGGGGCCCCGCACCCUCGCCAACCUGGUGGAGUUCUUCUGGAAGGACGGCUUCAGCCGCAUCCACGAGAUCCAGCAGAAACACACACAGGAAUAUGGAAAAAUCUUCAAGUCUCACUUUGGUCCUCAGUUUGUAGUAUCUAUUGCAGACCGAGACAUGGUGGCUCAGGUGCUCCGGGCAGAGGGGGCCGCGCCCCAGAGAGCCAACAUGGGGUCCUGGCAGGAGUACCGACACUUGCGAGGGAGAUCCACCGGGCUCAUCUCGGCGGAGGGUGAACAGUGGCUCAAGAUGAGACGUGUACUGAGACAAAGAAUUCUGAAACCAAGAGAUGUGGCCAUUUUUUCAAGCGAAAUCAACCAAGUUAUUGCUGAUUUAAUUAAAAGAAUCUAUGUCCUCAAGAGCCAGGCAGAAGAUGGAGAAACGGUGACCAAUGUCAAUGACCUUUUCUUCAAAUAUUCAAUGGAAGGAGUGGCCACCAUCCUUUAUGAGAGCCGCCUGGACUGCCUGGAGGACAGCAUCCCGCAGGCCACCGUGGACUACAUCGAGGCCCUGGGGCUCAUGUUCAGCAUAUUCAAGACCUCCAUGUACGCGGGCGCCAUCCCCAGGUGGCUCCGCCCGUUCAUCCCGAAACCCUGGCGGGAGUUCUGCAGGUCCUGGGACAGACUCUUCAGAUUCAGCCAAAUCCACAUUGACAACAAGCUGAAGGACAUACAGUCCCACAUGGACAGCGGGGAGACCGUGAGAGGGGGGCUGCUCACAUGCCUUUUCCUCAGUCAGGAGCUGACCCUGGAGGAGAUCUACGCCAACAUGACGGAGAUGCUGCUGGCUGGCGUGGACACGACAUCCUUCACGUUAUCCUGGGCAGUGUAUCUCCUGGCGAGGCACCCAGAAGUGCAGCAGACGGUGUACCAGGAGAUCCUUAAGAAUUUGGGGGAUAGGCACGUCCCAAUGGCAGCUGACGUCCCCAAAGUCCCACUGGUCAGAGCUCUGCUGAAGGAAACACUGAGGCUGUUUCCAGUGUUGCCGGGGAAUGGCCGAGUGACCCAGGAAGACCUGGUCAUUGGCGGGUACCUGAUUCCCAAAGGCACCCAGCUGGCCCUCUGCCACUAUGCCACGUCCUAUGCGGAUGAGAACUUCCCUCGGGCCAAGGAGUUCCGGCCAGAGCGCUGGCUGCGGAAGGGAAGGCUGGACCGAGUUGACAACUUUGGGUCCAUCCCCUUUGGGUAUGGGGUUCGGAGCUGCAUCGGGCAGAGAAUCGCAGAGCUGGAGAUUCAUCUCCUCAUGAUCCAGUUGCUUCAACAUUUUGAGAUCAAAACAUCCUCUUGGACUAAAGCUGUUCCUGCAAAAACCCAUGGGCUGCUGAUGCCAGGGGGGCCCAUCCAUGUGCGUUUUGUUAACAGAAAGUGAGCCUGGAUUUUUAAACCCAGCCAGCUGCCCGACACAAACCAGUGUUCCAGUGUCACUGAUGACAGCAGUGGAGGGAAACCAUCACUUUUACAGGCUGUCUUCGUGAUAAAUUGCCCCCAGGUUCUGGGAGACUUGUACAUCUUUAUGCAAAGUAAUUUGAAAAGAUUAUUGGACUUUGGCAAACCAGUGUAGCCUUUUCUUUGGAGAAACGACUGUUUAAAAAUGAGGGGCACUGAAUCCUGGUGUCUCCUCCGUGGUCUUACCCUUGUGCUAUACUUGAUAUUCAAUUAAUUAUAGUCUCCUAUACAUUUGUGCAAGGAAGUGUUGGUUUACUUACAAAUUCUGUGCUUGAACAUAUGUCUUGUUAUACUGCACUGGGACUCUAUGUCAGGAGGCCAAUGCAACUAACUGUUUCUAAUUUGAAGAGGGAACAUACGAGUGUCUCUGUAAUACUGCAAGUAUGAGAGGAAAGCACCAGAGUCAACAUUUUAUCCUGAGUACCAGUUUUAGAUCCUGCAGAAGAGCUCAAAAUUAACGGGACCAUAUUCUUAUUUUUCUCUCCAAACUGGUGCUUCCUUUUCCAGUAAGAGCUCCUGAAGAAGUUGAAGAUUAGCUUUUGUUUGAAAGAAAUAAUCAAUAAAAAAUAGAACUCCUGGUGGAAUCCAGAAUAAUUGGGUUUUAUGACCAAGUAUAAACACUAAAAAGAUGUAUAAGAAAAUUUGACUGUGGAAUUUUAUUGCCUCAGUUGAGAAAAAUGAAUUAGAUAAGCAGAGUGGAGAACUGUAUAAUUUUAGAACAUUUUUAUUUUAAGGAAAAAAAUAUAUAAGUGGACAUGCUAUAGAUAAUAUUUUGAUCUUCAUGGUGUUGUUUUAAAUAUCUGAACUGGAAAUGUGAUCCAGCUGUUAGUGCUUAUGUAAGGCUCCAACCGGAUGCUUAGGGCCUCAGGAUUGUUCGCUCAUGCCAAGCUCUGUCGCCUUUCAUGCUACUUGCUGAUCGUUAAUAAGAAAAAACACCAUUUUGUAACAUUCUCCCUGCAUAGUCAUGCUUGAAAUGGCUUCUUCUCAAUCCCACAAAUCUUUUCACACAUUCCUUCCCCCAAAUCACUUUCCUACUAAUACAUACCACACAGCUCCUCCUGCACUUUAGUUAGUCAUGUCGCAAAAUAACCCUUAAACAAAAUAGAAAUAAUAGCCAUUUCACAUCCCGUCUUUGUUAAAGUAUGUAACAACGUUAAAUCUGUGUGUGAAGACAGCACAAUUCUAGUCUGAGCGCUAUGGAAACAUGUAUAGUUAAAUAUGAAAUUAUGUCAUAAUAACUGACAAGAUGUUGGAUUACUUUGAGAUCUAUAAACUUUUAUAAGCUCGCUACAAUUUUCUUCUGUUUGUAACUGAAAUUAAAAAGUACUGAGACGAAUGAAGCGACUUGAAGCGACCUCUUGCUCUACAACGCUGCAACACUCUCGGGCAGCGUGUCCCCGCCUGGUGAUGGGUCUGCGGUGAAGACGGUGGUAACACCCGAGCCUGCUGUUCUGUCUCACUGGACAGAGGGACAGACUGACCUUAGGAGCCUCCUGAUGUGAUGCAACAGGAAGCAUGUGGCACCAACUACGUUGUUCUUAUGGUAGAAAUGGAAGUUGUAUCGGAUGAGUCUGUAGAUCUACUACCGGUUUGUAGGAAACACAGGUUAUAGAGGGACUUGUUAAAACUCCAAGACAGAUACCAUAUGAUCUCUCUCAUAAGUGGGAUCUAAAAACAAA